CGAGCCUCGAUUUGUCGGGGAAUUACAUCAAUGGUUUGGUAGAAAGCGACGGUCGGUAUUUACUACUACUCCAUCUUCUCAUUAUCUUUAUACACACACACACAUAUGGGAUUUGGGAUUGAUUCCAGUGAGAUGACAUGCUUCGGUGAGAUGAUGCAAAGCUCACCACUGCCAACUGCAAAGCUCACCAAAGACAACUACAAAGCUCACCAAACUACCUUGAGUGCUGCAGGAUGUUUUUGGAGCUUGUCCCCAUCUGUCAAAGAUGUUGCAGGACUUGGCAAGUUGAAGAAUCUUGAAGAAUUGCAUCUUAGAGAAAAUUUGAUCUAUGGAGACAUUGAUUCAUCAUGUCUCCUCUGCAACUUGACCUCCCUCAGAGUUCUAGAUCUUGCAAUUAAUAAUUUCACGGGAAAGAUAGCCUCUACACUUGCAAAUCUUACAUCCCUACAACACUUGGACCUCUUAGGCAACAACUUCGAAGACACAGUAUUUCUGAGUUCUUUUGCCAACUUCUCAAAGCUUGAAAGAUUUGAUUUGUCUUGCAACAAUCUCACUGGGGUCAUUCCACCAGAGCUGGGAAACUUGAUGCAUGUCUAUUCGAUUAACUUGUCCCAUAACUUCAUAUCUGGAUCCAUCCCAAACACCUUCUAUAACUUGAAGCAGAUCGAGAGCUUGGACCUCUCUUUCAACAACUUGAGCGGCACCGUCCCCCAUCAACUCGUCGAGCUCAACUUCUUGGAGGUCUUUAAUGUGUCCUACAACAACUUGACCGGAAGAACGCCCGAUACAGGACAGUUUGCAAGCUUCGUUGAAAGCAGCUAUCUCGGAAACCCGGGGCUCUGCUGCUCUGUAGUGAACAAAUCUUGCACCCCUGAUAAUGAGAUGCCUCCUCCUUCUAGUCCCAGUGAAGAAGAUGAUGGAGAUUCCGGGAUCAUCGACAUGGUAGACUUCCUCUGGAGUUUUGGCGUGUCCUCUAUCAUAAUGUUCUUGGCAACAAUGGCAGUCUUCAGAAUCAACCCUCAUUUGCUUAAUUUUGUUGACAGGUGUGCUUUGUAUCUUGUUGCAGAAUAACAAAUUGAAAUAAUAAAAUACUUCAACUCUCUAUGAUAUGAUUUUAUGCUACAAUCCAUAGUCACAUGAUUCAAUCUGGUUUCAUUCAAAUAAUCUGUUUGGCUAUCCAGACCUCAAUGUAUUGCACAGAAGAAAAGUAAGAUUUGGUU